AUGCGCUAUUUUCCAUGCCCGUUUGAAUCUUGCAACAAGGAGUUUGUCCGAAAGGCCGAUCUGACUCGCCACUACCAGAUCCAUUUAGAUGACAGGCCGUUUGUGUGCGCGGAAGAAGGAUGCACGAAGCGGUUCCACCAGCGCUCAUCGCUCAAGAUCGACCAGAGGGUCCACACCGGCGAGAAGCCCUAUGUCUGCGAGAUUGGCAAUUGCAAGAAAGCAUUCAGCGAUCCAUCGAGUUACGCUCGACAUCAAAAGUCUCACAAGAACGAACGGCCCUAUGUUUGCUCCAACCCGUCUUGCCUCCAGAGUUUCUCUCGCAAGAUCGCAUUGGAACGGCACCAGUUGCGACAACAUGGGCAAGACAGCAGAGUCAGUCGAAACCCCGAGCCCGGACCAUCAACCCCCCCAUCGGCCUGGCCUACAAACAUCCCACCGGCCUUCUCAUUCCCACCGCCUUCUCAUCUAGAGGGCAGAUAUCAAGAGGGCUCUCUAGACUGGCGUGCGUUGGACCUGAGUGUCGUGGACGAUAUCGUGUUGCGGACGAUAAUGGAUCAUACAGUUCCCCAUCCGCCGUAUAUCGACCCGGGCCAGCAUCAUCGGUACCCUGAUUUACCACCACAAUAA